AUCUUCGCAAGGCAUUCGAAUUCGUGAAUCCAUUCAAACCGGCCGGCGAGCGGUGCUACGCCAUGUCCCAAACGCCGGUCGCUGAGCCCUCCGACGACCCCAACGGCUUCACGUGUGGCACGCUGCUCGCAUGCUGCCUCCCGGGCCUUUCGAAGAAGAAGCCGGAGGAAAGUGGUAGCAAGAAACAAGACCAGCCCAAGGAGCAAGAGCACCCCCAGGUGCCGAGCCGCGCCGCGUCGCUGGAGAAGCUCGAGUGCUCCUCGCUCUACUCCGGCAGCAACAUCGUCUUCGACUUCCUGGCCGUGGAGCCGGGGGAAGGGGACGACCGUGGAGUCGGCGCGAUCCACGGAUAUUGCCCGUCGCCGUGCUUCGACCUCCCGGUGGAGCGCAUACGGACCGCUGAACGAUACGGUGUCGACGACGCGCCGGCCACGUCCGCCUUCGUGUUUGACGGCGGUUACCGAGACGGCGCCGCCCUGAAGAAGAUGGCAUCGUGCCUGGCGCCCGGCACCCCUGAUGGCACGGAAGCGCGGCCAACGCAUCUCGUGAGGUUUCUAUCCGCGUCCGAUUCUGGCAUGCCGGUGCGGCCUGCCGCCACGUCUGUUGGGCCGGCAAAAGGCCGAUGAUCCGAGGAAGGAUCGCGAGUUCGCUGGUCGUGCCCGCAGUGUCGCACAAAAUUUAUGUUUCUGUAUGUUAUUGAAAGGUCAUAGUGUUUAGUUUCCUUUUGGGCUUUUCCUUUUGACAAACGGAGAUAUAUUUAUUCUUCUUUGGCAUGGAAACCUUUUAUAAUAUCUAAUAGGGAGACCUUUUUAAAAUUUGGCAUGGAGAACAUGCUAGACCUCAAUCCCUGAGUUCAUAAUACUUUCCAAAGCUGAGCCAUGGAGAGUUUCUCUUAUAAAUUUAUCUUUUUGAGUUUAUGAAUUUAUGUUUCUGUAUGUUAUUGAAAGGUUAAUAGUGUUUAGUUUCAUUUUGGGCUUUUCAUUUUGACAAAUCAUUGGCUGAAAUGGUUAGUUGCUAUUCCUAGAUUAUAUCAACCAAAGCAUACCAUCCAAUAUUUAGAGUUCAUAAUACACAUGAACUUAAUGGUGAGCCGAUUGGUAAAAUAGUAGCAGUACAGAAUUAUCUGC